GUCUAUGCCAUGCCCAUGUGUAAUUAUUAGGUCGUUGUGAUUAUAUAGGCCAGACAGAUUAAAUUAAUAUGAUUUUGAAGAGAUUGUUGAGAGAGCCAUAUUAAACUUUGUAUCAUAUGAUAUAUUACUUAUCUUUGCGGGGCUCUAGUCAAUCAAUAUUUAUUACUUAUUCAUAUGAAGGUAACAUAUCGUUUUGUCUAAAGUAGGCUGACAUAUACGUUUACUUGUGUUGGCAUUGGGGACAUUAACUAAUUAGAGAUCAUAGUUCGUACUUAAGACGCGUAUAAAUAAACUUUGUAAUAAGGUGUUUCGACCUGAUCUUCUUUCAACAUGGCGACAACCCCGAGUGAGCUGAGAGAAAAGUUUCUCGAGAAAUUUGCAGUGUCUCAGAGCAGUAACUACAAUCUGAAGGACUUAGAAAGAGUUAAAACAGAUGACCAGUGGUUGAAGCAGUUUCUCACCCACCAGGACAACGACCUGGAGAAGUCAUGCAGUAUGGUAGACAAGGUACUCAAGUGGAGAAAGAACUACGAGGUGGGAGAGUUGAAAAAGGACGAUUUCCCAGAUGAUCUUCACAAAAGAGCUGACGAAGGUCUGUACGUCAAGAACGAAGAUAAGAGUGGAAAUAUGAUUUUCUAUUUCAAAGUGAAUACGCAUAAGAAGGAACCAGCGAGGCUAGAACUUGUUAAGAAGUUCAUAGCGUUUCAACUUGACGAAACGGCAAAAGCGAAUCCAGAUGAAAAGUUUGUUCUUGUCUUUGACCUGUAUAAAUCUACACCUGCUCAUAUUGACAACGACUUGACAAAGUUUGUGCUUUCUACAGUUGCCCAGUAUAUGCCUAAUUUUAUUGCAUACGUAGUUCUAUACGAUAUGGCAGCAAUUUUAGUCCCGAUAUGGAAGAUUAUCCAAGCGUGGAUGAGUAAUGACAUCUCGAAACACAUCAAAGUGGUGAAAAAGAAAGAAAUUAAAAAUUACAUCGACGAGGACAACCUUUGGGACCACAUGAAAUAGUGCUAAAUGAGAUAUUUCAUAAAAUAUUUUCCCCAGACGCAUAUUAUAUAACUAUUGAUUUAGAGGCAGAAGUAUAUUGUCUGU